AUGCUCAAUAUUCUUUCAGAAGAAUCGUCUGUUUCUAUUCUUUCAUCGUCUUCCAUAUUUUCCCCGGUCACCGUCGUACGUGAGUUGAUAGAUAAUGCUCUUGAUGCUGAUGCUUCUAAUAUAACUAUAGAAGUUGACUUUGAAACUGCUGGCCUUUCACGAAUAUCGGUCAAAGACAAUGGGUGGGGGAUUUUUAAAGAAGAUCGUGCUGCUGUUUGCCGACGUAAUUCAACAUCAAAAAUAGAGACAAUGGAAGAUAUUAAACUAAAGAUGUCUUCUUUAGGAUUUCGUGGGGAAGCGCUCUUCUUUCUUGCUAGUCUUUGUGGAAACUCUUCUCCUUUGGGCAACAGAAGAAUGAUUAUUGCUAGUAAAUCCCGAGAUGACACUGUUGGUGAGCAAUGGCAUAUUGAUGGACAAGGUGAAAUUAUUCCUAGAUCUAAAAAAACUAUUCCCAUUGACGGCACCAGCGUUACAAUAUUUGGAUUAUUUGAUUCCCUACCAGUGCGAAAAAAGUUUUUAAUGAAAAAGAGAUCAUCAACCAUAAGCCUGCUACGUGAAUUAGUAAUAAGCUAUGGUAUGAUUAAUGCCCGUAAAGCAAAAUUUUCCCUAAAGUUCACUAAACACAAUGCUAAGGGACAAGUUAUCAACGGCGCUCCUAUAUCUAUACCAGCUAUGAUCAUAAACAAAUCUGAUUCUAAAAUUAAUACACUUUCUGAGCUUUGUGGGGUUCACAAUUUAAGUAAAGAAGUGGUGUCUGGUACCAUGGAACUUUUUUUUGAGACGUCGGAUAUAUCUUGGAAAAUUUCCUUUAUAUUGCCAAUAAUGAAAGCUCAGAAUAAAGUGAUAUCAUCUCAAAGGUCCGUUAAAGUUCUAUCAGUUAAUGGUAGAGUGAUGUCUCUCUCGAUGGGAUUUGGAAAACGGGUAGCGAAGAUGGUAAAAGGAAUUUAUACGGGCUUGGGAUUACUUGCACCUAAUAAUUGGUAUGCUGAACUACUGAGUGACAAUGCGACAGGUGAUGUCAAUAUUGAGCCCGAGAAAUGUGAUAUCACCUUAGAUUUUGAGGAUGAGGUAUUGAAUGAAUUGGAAGAAUGGUUGAUUAACAAAGUUGAAAUUUGUCACCAAGAAACCAAUAGUGAUUUGGAUCAUCAAAAACAAAAAAAUGUUGAAAGACCCAAAGUCACAUAUGUACAAACUACAAGGAAUAUUAACAAUAACACAAUCAUUGACAAUUUUAGGGCUGAGGGAGCUGCGGAUGAUAUGGUACGCAUAAGCGAGAAGGAUCUUCCAGAGCUAAGCGGUUCCGAUGAUAAAUUUCUAGAAGAUGAUGAUGACGAUUUCAUACAGCUUCUAGAGAAGCAUAGCAAUGACAAAGAAAUCAAAACUGGUGUCAAUACACUUGCCAUCCACAAUGAAGCUAUUGAUCUCACAAGAUCACGUUCAGUAUCAUCUUCCAAUGUCAUCUCUCUGCAGAGAAAUAUCAACACAGUUUCAAAUACAAAUCUAGAUAUUAUUGAUGAUGUUACCUAUGACAAAAAAAAGGGGGAUACUUCUUCUAUCACUGCUUCAACCACGGCGAAUGAAGAUUGGUGCUUCUCUAUGGCAGAUAUAACCGAUGAUACGCUUCUCCAAGAGUAUGCUUCUCUGAAUUCCAACGAAGAUAUUUCUGCUUUACAAAAUGAAGAUCUCUCUUUAUCUAAAGAUAUCUCCAUUUCAAAUCCAUUUGUUUUGUCCAAAUUGAAAAGCUCUAUGUGUCAAGCUAGAGACGAUAGAAAACUAUUAGGGAGUAAGAGAGAACAAACCCCAAUUUUGCAAACUAUAGUAAAGAAAAAAUGUGCAAAAGAUCCUGCUAUAAAAGAAUCUGACAAUAAAAUCUCAAGUCCUAAUAUCACAUCUACUAGCGACAUUUGUGCUGAUCGCAUCUCUUCAUUAAGAGAAGGACAUACUAUUAAAAACAGCAUUGAAAGGACACAAAUUGAACAUUCGUCAAAAUCUUCGAACAAUAGCCUAAUAAUAGCUAUGCUGCAAAGAUCUGUUAUACAAAAAGAUAAAUCUUCUGCCACUCGAAAGCUCUCAUCUUCUAGCUCUCCUUGUCCGGUAUCCAAGGAUGCAAGAUCUUCUUAUCGUCUCGCUUCCAAAACCGAGAUGACACAUUGUUAUAUAUAUGUUCAUCCAUCAUUUGAUGCGCUAUCCAUGACAACUUCUGUCUUUGAAAAUCUGUUGAGAUUUUAUGAAAUUGAGGAUAUUGACUCUCAAACGAAAAUUCUCCAAUUUGCACAAGGUAUAUUCAACAACAUAAAUGGUGAUGCGGAUGAGGUUGUUAAAGUGUCACAAAUGAAAAACUGGUGUCUUUUGGAAGUCUAG